AUGUCUGCAGUCGAAAUAGAACACAUACAACCGAUAUCGAGAACUUAUCAAUACAGAAAGGUUAUGAAACCCAUGUUGGAAAGAAAAAGAAGGGCAAGAAUUAAUAGAUGCCUGGACGAACUCAAAGAACUCAUGGUCGCGGCUCUUCAAGCCGAAGGUGAAAACGUGAGCAAAUUGGAAAAAGCGGAUAUAUUAGAACUAACAGUCAGUCAUUUGCACAAACUUCGGCGACAGCAAAGAUUGGCAUCGAAUCCGGUGACGGAUGCUGAUCGUUUCAGAGCCGGUUUCACGCAUUGUGCCACGGAAGUAUCCCGAUGUUUGGCGGCCACGCCGGGAAUAGAUAUAAAACUGGGAACGAAAUUAAUGACGCAUUUGGGUCACAGAUUAAACGACAUGGACAAAACGUCACCUUUGUCCGUUCGAGUGGGGCCCGCUUACACGCCUCCGGUGUCGCCGGUCACGUCAACAGAAGAAAAUUCUUAUUUAAUGCCAUUAACUCCAGCAUCCUCCGCAUCCUCUCAUUCUCCGGUGUUGGAUUAUUCUUCGUCGAGCGGACUAUUAAAAGUUGUGGAAAUGCCGGCCAUAAUGAAACCGACCGAUUCAAUGUGGAGACCGUGGUAA